AGAAAAGCACGUUCUUGGUCUUGCUCUCACAAAUUCACAAUCACAUCCCAAAAUAUAGUCGAUUCCGGGUUCUUUUUCUUUUUUAAUUCUUUCAACAGCAAAACUUUCAACGUGCAUGCUUGAAUUUUGAUUUUUUUGUUUCGAUAAAGCUCAUAACAAGUCAUCGCCCUUGCAAAACUCAUCUAGCUGUUCUUUCACAGGACAGCCUUUUCAUCUCCCUUCUCGGGUUAAACAUUACGACAAUUUUGGCUCAUAGAAUUGAAGCGCAAUGGGCAUAACGACAAGGGAUUUUGUCGAAGAUCGUCUCCCAGAGGAACUAAAGAAAGUACUUCUGUCGGUGGCUGCAAACUGGGGGGAUGUGAUGGAUGAUUUGGAGGCGUUGGAGGUGAUAAAAUUGAACGGUGCAAUGACAAAUGAGGUUUACCAGAUAAACUGGCCUGCAAAGAAUGGUGCGGUUGGGAGAAAGGUCUUGGUUCGUGUCUAUGGCGAAGGUGUGGAGGUUUUCUUCAACAGGGACGAUGAGAUUAGGACGUUUGAGUGCAUUUCGAAGCAGGGGAAGGGGCCUCGCCUUCUCGGCCGGUUUCCGGAUGGGCGGGUUGAGGAAUUCAUUCAUGCCAGGACGCUAUCAGCGGCUGACCUACGAGACCCUGAGAUUUCUGCUCUCAUAGCUGCUAAGAUGAGAGAGUUCCACAAUCUUGCUGUGCCUGGUCCAAAGAAUUUAAUCAUUUGGGACAGACUGAGAAACUGGCUUUGUGUGGCCAAAAGUUUGUGUUCCUCCCAUGACACACAAGACUUUUGCUUGGAUACUCUUGGGAUGGAAAUUAGUAUGCUAGAUAAAGAGUUGUCACAGGAUUAUCAAGAGGUUGGAUUUUGUCACAAUGACCUGCAAUAUGGUAAUAUAAUGAUGGAUGAAGAGACAAGAUCACUCACUCUCAUUGAUUAUGAGUAUGCAAGUUACAACCCUAUUGCUUAUGACAUAGCAAAUCAUUUCUGUGAAAUGGCAGCAAAUUACCAUUCUCAGACACCUCAUGUUUUAGACUAUAGUCAAUAUCCAGAUCUGGAGGAGCGCCAAAGAUUUGUCCGUAUAUAUCUGAGUUCUGCAGGCAACCAACCCAGUGACGCAAAAGUGGAGCAGUUCGUCCAGGAUGUGGAGAAAUACACUCUUGCAAAUCAUCUCUUUUGGGGCUUAUGGGGAAUUAUAUCAGCUUACGUGAACAAGAUUAAUUUCGAUUACAAGGAGUAUGCAAGGCAGAGAUUUGGUCAGUACUGGCUGAGGAAACCAGCAUUGUUGGGUUCUUCAGGCAAGCCUCAGGAGGACAUUUAGAACGGUUCUGUAGCAUAUACUACAUGAAGUGCAUGACAACCAUACUGAAACUCAUCUGAAUAUCAUGUUUUUUCUAUAGUUGUUUUUCCCAAUGGUGGUGUUGUGUCCACUUGUAAAAAGAGGAAUGCUACUUAUCAUCUCACACUACACAAUUUACAUAUUUUAAAAUUUUUCUUUAUGUUUUA